AUGUCUGUCACCAGCGUCGAGAGACGCAGACAUGGCGUCAAAGGCAUGAAGCUUCCUGGUCGUCCAGGCCGCUUCGAUCCCUCGGAACCACUUCACAUGACCACACGCAGAAAGGCACGGCAUCCGACUGUCGACCCGACACCAUCGAUCAAUGGCUCUGUCGAGGGAGGUAGUAGCCCUCGUGCCUCGCUUGAUGGGACACGACCAGCAACAUCUUGUAGUCAAACCAGCCAGGUCUCGCCAAGCACGAAUCAACUUGUCGCCACGGACCAGUCAGGCAUGACGCCGAGUCCUCAAUCCAAGGAUGAAGGUCAUACAUUGCAGGACGCUGCCGACGAUGCCAUGCCUCAUUCGUCAUCAUCAGCUCAUGAUCCACUUGCAAAUAUGCGCAAGCGCAAGCGCGAGACACCCUCGCCGCCGACCACACCGAUCGUCAAGUCCUUCACCCCGAGCACGCCAAACACGCGAGAGCGCGAUGCAGACGACUUUCCUGCCAUGGAGGUGAAUAUCAUGCAAGAUCUUGAAGACCAGCUAGCUGCUGAGACUGCAAUGUCUGAUGAGGAGUCCGAGUUCGAAGACGCACGUGACGAUGAGAUUGCUGUCAACCAACCUUCUAUCGAUGUCACGCCUGCGAUCUCACGGCAACCGUCACCGGGUUCCAGCAUGACGGAUGGGCUCGAGAUCUCACCCCAAAAGCUUGACACUGAUAAUGUUGACGUCGACAUGCCUGAUGCAUCGACAGACCUACUGGCAGAUGCCGCGGAAGUGGACGAUGGAGAGGACCUUGACGAGACUCUCCCGCUCCCUUCUGGCAGUCAACCCACAAAGAAGAUAGGCGGUAGACGCAGACGGGCGAUUCAUCCCAUCAGGAAGGUAGAGCUAUCGCUGAGACGCCAACUUGAGGUCAAGAAGGCCUUCAGGACUAUGGCACGAGAGGGCAAGACACUACUGGCAGAACUUUCGCAACGUACACUGGACGAUCUUACUACGAAUCCAAAUGCUCAUACAGAAGCUGCAGAAUAUGAAGGCGUGCAAGCUAAGCUCGACAUGGCAUUGCAGCAGCGCAAGAAGGAAAUUCAAACGCAGCACAAGCUCAAUCUGGAGAUGAUGAGAUCUCGCCUUGCAGCUGAACAGGAAGUGCGGAGGCAGUCUUGCCUCAACACAGUGCGCACCGCUCAAGACGAGACAAUCAUUCGGCUGCAGUACGACUUUCUCGCUAUCACACGAGCUGCUCAACCACGCGAACAGCAAGUCCGUGAGGCCACAGCCGAUGAAGACGAUAUCAUCCCAAGACCGAAGCAUAGUGGCUACCGGUUCCGAAGGGGUGAAGCUCUCGAUCCCGUCUACGACUCCCGUAGUCGGCUUGCCAUGGAGACGGAGUCGUCGAUUGAUGAUUUGGAGUGUCGACUUACCAUGCGUAAGAUGCUCGCAGCGCUGUCUGAGGAGGAUCGACCUGACAUGCAGCUUUCAUUUGCUAUUAAGGAUAGCACAACCGCGGCCGCCACUGUCGCUCGGUCAGAAGAGGUGGCCAGCACCAAAUUCCUCGCUGCUGCUGCGAACGAGGCCGAGCGAGCCGCAGCGAUCGAAGCGGAACGACUCGCGCGCAUACAACCAAUCCGCAAUGAAGAUGCAGUCGGUCUGCAAGUGCUCAGCGAUCUAUGCACGAGACCAUCAAUCAAGAUCCCGCUGCCUGGAUUCCCAUCCAACCCACAAACCGUACAGGCUUUGUUGCAGCAAUCACCUGCCAUGCGACCAAUCUCCCCGCCACUACAUCCACCGAUUGCCGUUGAGAUGUCUCCACGAGCGAAGCAGAUUUUCAAGGAGCGCUACGAAGGCACUAUGGGACCUCCUCGUACGCCACGACAGGUGGAUGCCACUUUUGGCUCGCCCUUUGGUGCCAGUCGUUCUGAGCGUCCGGUGCCUUCUCCCACUAUGCAAGACCGCCCGCCAACCGGCCUGCCACAAUCUGCACUCCGACGAGCUUCACGCGAUGAGGAGACACGCAUCGAUCAGUCUCCAAUGCAUGGUCCUUCCGAUACACGCAGCUACCACGAGUCGCCCAGUCCGGAAGCAUUUCGACAUCGUGUGUUGCUGCAGUCACCAACUCAAGCACGUCCUGGAUAUGACCACAUUCAUGCGAUCACUGGUGUGCCGGAUCGACGGGCUAAGAGCCUCGACGAGCCACCAGUCUUUGGGUAUGCUGGUCGUCCACUACUACAAAUUGAGCAGGCUUCACGGGUCCAUGGCCCAGCAAUUGAGCAGUUCAGACCACUUGACAAUCACAGGCCUCAAGAAGCUCCAUGGUCACGGUCCCACGGACGUGUGCCUUCUCUUGACAGACCACUGAGCCCUCGCACCGCUGAGAAUCGUGGAGCUGCUUUGGGUAUGACUACGAACUUCUGCUUCCCAAUGCAGAGGGAGUCGAAUGGUCCAGGGCAUUCAAGACACUCCUCCGUUAGCAUCAAGGGUGAGCUGCGCUCCGAGGGUAGCGAAGCAGUUGAUCGCUUCCCUCUCAACCCAGGCAGGACGCCGCAUGAUGAGAACGGUGGCCCAAGGCUGCAUACUCGCAAGACAACCAAAGUCGAGCGCUUGGGACAAUCGAGACGCAAGCACGCAAGGCAGAAGAAAGACGAGAGGCUUAGCAAGAUGGCUAUCAAUACUGGAGCUGGAGCUGCUACGAGCCCGCCGGACUCCAAACAAGGGAUUCUCACGCCUGGUCCUGCUGAAGGUCAGCCGCCACGGCUAUGGGACGUGCCGCAGCCACCACACAGGCUGUCAGCCUCUUCUGGCUCGCAUCCUCUACCACCAGCACACACCAUGCCACCACCACCCGACAUGCGGCCAUACAACGGAAUGCCACUCUCGGCAGGCCUAACACCUCCCCACCAAGCUCCCGACCUCGCCCCCUACCACCACAACAGCUUCUCCGCUCCUCAUCCCCCAAAUCAGAACUGGCACACCAUCCCCCGAAGCCCCCUCUGCGCAGUCCCACACCCACAAGCACAACCCGGCCCUCCAGGCGUAGACCGCUACCAAGGCCACCACGGCUUCGUGGCCCCACCUCCACCACCGCUUCCCAAUCCCUUCACCCACCACAACCACCCUUCACCCCUCACGCCCCACCCACAAGGCUACGGCGGCCCUCAAUUCGGCGGUCCGGCCUUAGCCCCCGCGUCCGCAGAUCCGAGGUUUGGAUAUCCCGGUUUUCGACCUGGACCGCCGGGUCAUCUUCCCGCAUUUGCGCAGCAAAGGGGUCAGGUAGAGAGUAGUGGUGGUAGUAACGGUGGGAGGAAGAGGACGUUCAGUGAUACCGGGGUUAGUAGGAGUUCGCAGUGGAAAUCUUAUGUUGGGCCGCCGGGGAGUCGGGAGACUCGUUAG